UUUUUUUAAUUAAUGUGAAAUUAUCAGUGACGAUUGCACUUGAAGCUUUGUAUUUCAAAUACAAAAAUUUAUGGAACCCACCAGCGUGAUCGACUGCCGGUCGAUAACAGGUUGUCAGAUUUAAUACCGGAAAUGUUGAUAACGGACAACUAGUGAAAUAGCAUUUUUUUGGCGGGAAGCAGAAACACUACUCCGUUUGCUCAUUCCAUUUGUCAAACCUCUGCAACGCAGAAAUGAACCCACCAAAACCCACCAACUCCUACAGGCUUUCCUCUCUCCUCCGUCUCCAGAAAGACCCUAAACUUGCACUGCAUCUCUUUGAGAACCCAAACCCUCAAAUACCCCAGCAACAGUUUCGCUAUUCCCUUCUCUCCUAUGACCUCAUCAUUACCAAACUUGGGCGUGCUAAAUUGUUUGAUGAAAUGGAGAAAAUCCUCCUUCAACUCAAAUCUGAAACACGUUUUGUCCCCAAAGAAGCUCUCUUUUGCAAUAUUAUCAAAUAUUAUGGCCGUGCACGCCUCCCUAAUAAUGCGCUCCAAGUGUUUGACAAAAUGCCUUCUUUUCGCUGUCAAAGGACUAUAAAAUCCUUUAAUUCCUUGCUAAACGUAUUCAUAAUGUGCAAAGAGUUUCGUAGAAUGAGAGAGCUUUUUGCAUAUCUUGAGAGACAUUUGAAAUCGGACGCUUGCACUUACAAUAUACUGAUUCGUGGGUUAUGUUCGGAUAGGAGAGUAGAUGAUGCAUGGAAGGUGUUCAACGAAAUGAGAAGGAGAGACCUUUUUCCUAAUGUGGUGACAUUUGGGACUUUGAUUUACGGGCUUUGUUUGGAUUUAAAGUUGGAAGAGGCUUUCAAGUUGAAGAAUUAUAUGGCUAAGGUCCAUGGGGUGUGUCCUAAUGCUUAUGUCUAUGCAUCGUUGUUAAAGGGGGUCUGUGGGCUUGGUGAGUUAAGUUUAGCUUUUAGGCUUAAGGAAGAGAUGGUUAGGGAUGGAAUCAAAUUGGACUCAGCGAUUUAUUCUACUUUGAUUAGUGGGCUCUUUAAAGUUGGAAGGAAAGAGGAGGUUCAUGGAAUUUUGGAGGAAAUGAAUUUAAGUGGCUGCAAGCCUGAUACUGUGACUUACAAUGUGAUAAUUAAUGGCUUUUGUAAGGAUAAGGAUUUCAAAGCAGCUUAUAAAAUUUUGGUUGAAAUGAUGGAGAAGGGAUGUAAACCAGAAGUCAUUAGUUAUAAUGUGAUACUUGGUGAGUUAUGCAAGGAUGGGAACUGGAGCGAAGCAAAAGAUUUAUUUGAAGAUAUGCCAAGGCGUGGCUGUGCUCCUGAUGUUGUGUCAUAUAGGAUUCUUUUUGAUGGGCUUUGUGAUGGGAUGCAGUUCAAUGAAGCAGCAUUUAUUUUGGAUGAGAUGAUUUUCAAAGGUUUUACACUUCGUUCUCCUAUUAUAUGUAAAUAUGUUAACAGGUUGUGCGAGGAGGGGAAUGAGAAUUUAUUAUGUUCAGUUUUGAAUAGUCUAGUUAAGGCAAAUGUAAUUGAUACAGAUUUGUGGAAAAUGGCUAUUGCUAUGGUAUUCAAGGACAAUAAACUCUCUAAUCACUCUGAGGUCAUUGACAGUUUGAUGAUAUCAUGAAUCAAGGUUUUUAUCUUCUGACUGAGAGUUCAGAGAUUCAUUGCAAAAAAUGCUAUGCCCUUUUGCAUCUCCUUGCUUUCCAUAUGGCUUGCAUUAUUUGUGGCUGCAUAAGCAUUAUAUGCUACUAUUUUUCUUUAAUAUUAAGAUUUUAUCUUUUGAUAGAA